AAAAAAAGAGAACGCUGAGGCGUCCCUGUGGCGUAAAACACAAAGUGACAGAGUGCGUCGAGUACGGCAGAGAGAAUGGCGCAAAAGAGAAAGAGAGAGAGAGAGAGAGAGAGAGAGACACGGGCCAUCGUCACCGCGCCUCGGCUGUGCAAGGCAGCACACAGGAAGUCUGCAGCCACCACAGGCUCCGGAGGCGACAGGCAGCAAAGAUGAGCCCGCCGCGCUGACGGCACGCCACGGACAGACACACAGACGGACCGACCGACCACGCCAAUGGGCUCGUGAGGACGGGCUGCCAACAUGGGCUCCAGGAUCAAAGAGAAUCCUGAGAGAACGUUUUAUUGGUUCUUUGAAGCUUCCAGUCCCAUCGCCAAGGAUAAAGAUCCUGAGGUACUACUUCAGUAUCCAGAAGACUUCAAUGACGAGGAGUCGCUGCAGAUUUUGCCCCAGUUCUGCUUUCCUUAUGACGUGGAGAGGGCACGAGAUGCUCACGUGGUCCAGAACUUCACCUUCGUCUUGACCGAUUUAGAAGGGAACCAGCGCUUUGGGUUCUGCCGCCUCACCACCGGCUCCAAGAGCUGUCUGUGCAUCCUCAGUUACCUGCCCUGGUUUGAGGUCUUCUACAAGCUGCUCAACUCCUUAGCUGACUACCUGACCAAAGGACAGAGAAAUGAGAUGCUGCAGCUGCUUUCGGUCUUGUAUGAGCACUCGGUCCCACAGGAGGGCAACCCCAUCAUCCUGCAGUUUGACCAGCAGAUGCAGAUAGCCAUUGGGGCCCAACUCUGCCAGCAGCACUACCGAGCUCUGAAGGGCCUGUCUGGGGACGGGCCAUGGCUCCCCUAUUUCAUCGCCCCAGAUGCAGGAAGUCUGCCCACCAUCCCGGAGAAUCGUAACCUGACUGAACUGGUGGUCUCCAUGGACGUGGACAACAUGCUGAACCUUUAUGCCAGCCUGCUAUUUGAGCGGCGCAUCAUCCUGACCAGCUGCAAGCUGAGCACUCUGACGGCCUGUGUCCACGCCUCCACUGCCAUGCUCUAUCCCAUGUACUGGCAGCACAUCUACAUACCAGUUAUCCCCCCGCAGCUGCUGGACUACUGCUGUGCGCCCAUGCCUUACCUGAUUGGUGUCCACUCAAGUCUCAUCGAGAAAGUUCGGAGCAAAGCCCUGGAUGAUGUGGUCAUCAUAAACAUCGACACCAAUACGCUGGAGUCGCCUUUCCAGGACCGGAGCAAACUGCCCAUGGACAUCAUGUCCCAGUUAAAGAUGAGGCUCAAGAAGCAGUCUUCUUCCACUGGAGAUGGGGUAGCACGGGCAUUUCUGCGGGCACAGGCCCUGCUGUUUGGGAGCUACCGGGAAGCGUUGAUUGCUGAGGCGGAUGGACAAAUAGCCUUCAACGAAGAGGCCUUUCUGAACCACGGCUCUGACAGCAUGAGGGCCUUCCUGCAGGACGCCGUCCACCUGCAGCUCUUCAAGCAGUUCAUCGAUAAUCGACUCGAGAAGCUCAAUGCAGGGCAAGGCUUCAGCGACAUCUUCGAGGAAGAGAUCACACGCUGCAGCCUUCAGACAGGUGGAAACAAGUCGUGCCAGCAUUUUGUGGAGAAUUUUAAGAAGGGCAGCGGGGUUCUGAUCCACACAGUGAAGUCCAGAGCCAACCCAACGGUGAAGAACAUUUAUAAAUAUGCCAAAGGACAUGCCAAGCUGGGAUUGAAAGGGAUGAAGAGUCGCCUGAGGAACAAGGAUGAAGAGCGCCACCUGCAGCGUGGAGGGUCUCUGCGCCUUGACCAGCAGCUCGCCCCGCAGUUCCAGAGGAGGGUCCAGUCGGAUUGUCUGCAGAGCCGCCUGCCCAUCACACAGCACUUCGGACAGUCUCGACCUCGACGUCCCACCAGACGCUAUACCAGUCCUCUUGAGGAGGGCAUUACAGUGCAGGAGCCUGGCACGUGCGGACUGGACUUAGACAGCGAUGACAGGUGCCACGACGGCAGAGAGCAGAUGACGCUGAGCGCCCAAAGCGAGCCCCUGGAGGAGAUCGAUGGCUUCCUCUUUUCCAAGUCGGGGGACAUGGACCUGCUGGGGGAGAUUUUUGAAACGCUAAACACCCAGAGCAGCCAGGAGAGGGGGCUGCUGUACGGGACCCGCAGCCUGGACGUCUUCUCAGAUGGCACGGACUACGUGAACCGGGUGAGAUCCAUCACCCCCAGCGAGGAGAGCCUAACCUCCCCACUCUGGCACAUCACCACGGAUACGGACUGGGAGCUCGAGGAGGAGGACGAGAUGUCCCUGGAAGCCUCUUCUACCGAGGAGAUCGCAUCCUCUGAGCCGCCACCAGCCAAAAGUGAAAAGGAGCCCCCAUCGCCCAACAUGCUGGUGGUGCCUGCUGUGCCCGGAGCUUCGUCAGACACUGGCGACAAACUCUCAAAGCGCAACAGUGGAAUGUGGGACCGGGGGGUGUCCGAGGAUGAGAACUCCCGGAAAAGCACGGAAGGAAACACCUGUGUGGAGAAAUCCCCCUCCGCCUCCUCCUCCACCAGUGGGAUACCUUGGGAGAUUGGGAAGCAGACGGUGGAGGAAGACGCAGAGGAGCCGCUACGAUUGGAUCAGGCAGAACCGGAGUCAACCGGACGUGCGAGGAGGCCGAGUGGAGAAGGUGGCAGCGAUCAGCCUCCCCAAGAGGUGGCAGCACCCUGCCCAAAGAUCACUCUCGAGCAAGAGGAGCCCCCAGGUGGCAUCACACCUCAGAGGUGAGGAAAGACCACCUGUGGGAAACCCCAACCUGCGGACCCCGAGAGUCCUGUCGACGGUGGCGUUGUUCCAGUCUAAGGCCACCGAGGUGAAGUUCGACACGUACAGACCAGCUCUGGCGCGCUUCUACGGCAUUAAACGCGGUGUGGAGACCCCCCAGGAGAAGGUCCACAAGGCCCCAAUUCCAGAUCCUCCCCAGAAAGUGAAGUCACUGACCACCAGGUUAGCAGAGGAGCUCCCUGAUCAGCAGGAAGGCUGCCCAGCUGAGGAGUCCAUGCCCACCCUGAAGAAAGUCUCAGAGCUGAAGAAACGGUUUGAAGCCUAAUGGCGUGAGUUCCGUUGAAAGAGACCCCAAAUGUCAUCUGUCAUCCUCCCACUAAGGACCUGCAUCCAACUGCCAAUGCCCACAAAUCAGGUCCCCCAUCAAUAAACUCCCCACAGAGAAGGUGGGCACCACGUCCUGUCUACACCCCUCUUGCCAGGUCUACAUGGGCACACUGGUCCAGCUCACCACCCACAGAACUGAAACGUCUCAGCCCCCAAGCUCUGAAUGGUGCCCAAUGCAACUGCUGCCCCUAGUGGCCUAAACACAGCAGCAGAGCAUUGUCAGCUGCUUUGGGCCACCUGCCACCUCUAUGCCAACCCACUCUGGACACUUUGUAGGAUCAGAACUGGCAAGGAGCGUGACUGCUGACAACACGGGAACCACCACUUCACUCCUCCUAGUGAUGACCACUGUAGUAACCUGCCAACAUUGUGGCUUCCUUGUCAUGCCCAUCACACCACUGGGUGAGUGAGUGAUGCCCCUUACAGGGGCCAAGAAAGCCAGCAGCUCCACUCGGAAUGAGGACACACCGAUGACCACCAUAAUGCCUACCUAGGAGGACCAUGCCACAACAAAAACACGUGAGGCCAUCAAGGAGGUGUGCCAAGCACAUGACAUCUCCAAAAUGGUCCCUCAAACCCAAGACUUGACUCUAAGGCCCAGCACCAAAGACCACCAUGAGUGUGCCAUCCUCUGCUAGUGCCAACUUUGGUUCUUCUCCAUAUAAAGGGAUCCAUCAGUGCUGCUGAAGCUCCUGCCAGGCUGGCCCUGCAAUAUGCCAACUAAACUCUCAUCCUCCCACUGCCAAGAAGGCCUGGCCUGCCUGUCCCUACACACCCCUGAGCAUAUGAAGAUGGUGGUCUCAUAGACUUGGCACCCAUCACUUGCCAAGGUGUUUCCACCUAUUUGGCCACAACCUACAGAAUUCCCAAAUAUGGAUGGGCACCCUGCCAUCACAUAACCCUUACAAACACGGUGGCCACACAUUGAGGUCUCAGGAGGAUGAAUGGCAGUCCACCUUGGCAGAUGCCAUGGACAGCCAAUGGACCAGGUGCCACCGCUGCCACUCAUUUCAUUUUGAAUUUUGAGGCCCUCUUACUGCUAGUACUGUAAAAUUUUUUUUAAGAUGUACCCACGUUUUUGUAGCCCAGCUUGAAGAAAUAAAGAAGUCAAAUCAAAAUA